AAUUCUCAAAUACAAAAGUCGCCCCAGCAACGCGGUCUAAAUUUUAGUUAUCUCCCUCUAGGCAUUUGGCAAAAUCUCACCAGUUCCGGCAGCCCCGCAGGCACGACAGGAUGGUGCGAGUGAUCGAGGACAUGUUCGGCAUCGCCGUCAACCCGAUGACCCAGAAGACGGACCGGGUGCGGCGCUUCACGCUGAGCACGGAGCGCGGCAUGUCGGUGUCGAUCCUGACGUUGGGCGCCAUUAUACAGUCGCUGAAGGUGCCAGACUUCAACGGCAAGCUGGAGGAUGUGUGCCUGGGCUACGAUGACGUGGCAGGAUACUACCGGAACCAGCCAAGCUACUUCGGGGCCACAAUCGGCCGAGUGGCCAACCGGAUAGCCCAAGGGCGCUUCAAGCUCUGCGGCAAGGAGGUGUGUGUGAGCCGGAAUGUGCGGGACCGGAACCACCAGAACGGCGGGUUCGUGGGCUUCGACAGCGUCAUCUGGGAUGUGGUGGGGGUGCACAAGGAUGGGGUCACCUUGCAGCAUUGCUCGCCCGACGGACACGAGGGUUAUCCCGGCGAGCUGACCACCAACAUUAACUUUUCGCUGAACGAGACGGGCUGCUUUGGGAUGCGCAUCGAGGCGCGUACGAAAGCCACCACGGCGGUGAACAUCUCGAACCACAGCUACUUCAACCUCGCCGGCCAGGGGGCAGGCCGGGAUGCGCUCUACCAGCACAUGCUGAUGAUCAAGGCCCAGAAGAUCGUGGACGUGGACCAGGAGCUCCUGCCCACCGGAAAGCUGAUGCGAGUGCGCACAACUCCGUACGACUUCUCCAGCCUGGUCAGUCUGGGCAAGCGGCUCAACCAGGUGGCCUCCUGCCCGCUGGGCGGCUUCGACAACAACUUCUGCGUGGAUGUCCCGCCCAACCGGGUCCAGUUGGUGGCCCGGGUGGUGCAUCCGUGCAGCGGCCGGUUCAUGGAGGUGCACACCAAUCAGCCGGGUCUGCAGUUCAGCACGGCCAACAAUCUGCCGGACGAGGACUGCGGGGACAUCCCCAACGUAGGCAAGGACGGGGCCCACUACGUCCGCCAAGGGGCCUUUAGCCUGCAGACUCAGAAGUAUCCGGACGCCAUGAACCACUGCGACUUUCCGCCGAUCGUGCUCAACCCCGGCCAGCUUUACGACCACCAGGUGGUCUAUCGUUUUGGCGCCUGUCCAAAGCGCGUUUAGUGGAAGCACCUGAAGAAUGAGCGGGAAGAGAAGACCAGCACACUCCCUACAUUAAGCCAUUUCAAAUUUAUAGAUAUCCUUUCAAAAUGUAAAUCUUUUACCUAUUCAUAA